AUGGCUGCCUUGAAACCUUUCACGGUUUAUGUGCAUAGCGCCGGGCCAAACCCUUACAAAGUCACCAUUGUUCUCGAAGAACUAGGCAUGUCCUAUGACAAGAUCGUGGUGGAUAACCCCAAGGAAGAUUGGUUCCUUGCUUUGAAUCCUAAUGGCCGAGUGCCAGCCCUCACUGAUCCCAACAAUGGCGAUUUCACCAUCUGGGAGUCUGGAGCUAUUGUCGAGUAUCUCGUCGAGCUAUACGAUAAGCAUGGCAAGCUGACAGUCGAAGACGCGAGGGGCAAGUGGGCUUUGAAACAGUAUCUGCAUUUCCAGAUGUCGGGCCAGGGCCCCUAUUUUGGUCAAGCUGUGUGGUUUCAUCGCUGCCCUGACGACAUUCCCAUUGCGAAACAGCGAUACAUUGAGCAGACAGUCCGAGUGUUUGAAGUCUUGGAGACCAUACUCAAGGACCGAGAAUACCUGGUAGGGGACAAAUGCACGUACGCAGACCUGUGCUUUGUUCCUUGGAAUAGGGUCGCCCUCUUCGCUCCAUUCUUCAAGGACACUUUAUGGGAUAGGUACCGGAUUGAGGAGAGAUUCCCCAACUUUCUAGCAUGGCAUCGGCGUUUGAGCUCGCGACCGUCUGUCAAAAAGGCGUAUGGUGAGUCUCAAGACUAA